AUGUUGCAACAGGGACACCUUGAAGGGAAUUUCCUUGUCAAGAUGUUGCAACAGAACCACAUUCCCCACGGACUCCUUGAAGGGAAUUUAACUGUCUCUGUGGUUCUGCUGCAACAUCUUGACAAGGAAAUUCCCUUCAAGGUGUCCGUGGGCUGUGUGGUUCUGUUGCAUCAUCUUGACAAGGAAAUUCCCUUCAAGGUGUCCGUGGGCUCUGUGUUUCUGUUGCAACAUCUUGACAAGGAAAUUCCCUUAGGUGUCCGUGGGUGUCCGUGGGCUCUGGUGGUUCUUUUGCAACAUCUUGACAAGGAGAUUCCCUUCAAGGUGUCCGUGGGCUCUGUGGUUCUGUUGCAACAUCUUGACAAGGAAAGUCCCUUCAAGGUGUCCGUGGGCUGUGUGGUUCUGUUGCAACAUCUUGACAAGGAAAUUCCUUUCAAGGUGUGCCUGUUGCAACAUCUUGACAAGAAUAUUCCCUUCAAGGUGUUUGUGGGCUCUGUGGUUCUGUUGCAACAUCUUGACAAGGAAAUUCCCUUCAAGGUGUCCGUGGGCUCUGUGAUUCUGUUGCAACAUCUUGACAAGGAGCUUCCCUUCAAGGUGUCCGUGGUCUCUGUGGUUCUGCUGCAACAUCUUGACAAGGAAAGUCCCUUCAACGUGUCCGUGACUUUGACUUUGAGACGCAGGCAGCUCCAUGUCAGCUAA